CCCAAGUGCGCAAACGAAAUGGAGGAAGAGGAGGAGAAAAGGAGUCACCUUUUCCCGUCGAAUCGUCUUCGAUGUUUUGACCAGAUCGAAUCGGAGACGAAGAAAAGGAGGAGGCUUCCUCUUGUUCGCGUUAUUGACCCUCUCGAAUUACAUCACGAGUUGAUACACAAGAGAAGAGGAAGGAGACGAAAAGAGAAGUGGUACAAAAAAAAUGGAGAUCACAGUUGACUGGGGUCACUAAAAUCCUUGGUUCCUGAAUCUGUACCUAUCACUUCUUUGCUUGAAUCCGACACCACCAAGAUGCCUGUAUCUAGGGGUGCCAAGCAACGUUCUUCUGACCCUGCUUUAUCGAAGCCCAACCCUUUUGAUUCAGAUUCUGAAUCUGAAAUGAAUCCUAAACGUGGAAUGUCUUCCUCUGGCACAGCAACUGCUUCUGCAGCUGCAAGAAACAGAUAUAAGAACGAUUUCCGUGAUGAAGGAGGGUUGGAGAACCAAUCUGUGCAGGAACUGGAAAGUUAUGCUGCAUACAAGGCUGAAGAAACUACACAAAAAGUAAAUGACUGUCUCAAGAUUGCUGAAGUCAUAAGGGAAGAUGCUUCAAACACACUCGUGAUGCUGCAUCAGCAAGGGGAGCAGAUCACUCGUACUCAUGAAACUGCUGUUAGCAUUGAUCAAGACCUUAGUCGGGGUGAGAAACUUUUGGGGAGUCUGGGGGGCUUUUUCUCUAGACCUUGGAAGCCAAAUAAAGCUCACCAAAUAAAGGGUCCGGCUCCUACAACAGAUGAUUCAUUGUCGAAGAAGGUAAGCCACAUGGAACAGAGAGAAAAGUUAGGAUUGUCUUCAAAGCCUCAGUCAAAUCCACGGAAUUAUUCUGAACCCACAUCUGCUAUGGAUAAAGUCCAGAUGGAGAAGGCAAAGCAAGAUGACACCCUUUCAGAUUUAAGCGAUGUCUUGGGCCAGCUUAAGGGCAUGGCUGUUGACAUGGGUUCAGAGAUGGACAGGCAAAACAAGGCAUUGGAUGCCUUGCACGAUGAUGUGGAUGAGCUGAAUUCCAGGGUGAAAGGAGCCAACCAACGUGCUCGCCACUUACUCGGGAAAUAGAGCGCAAAUGUUCCAUCAUUGAAGAUACCACCAGUCGAAGCUGCAAGUCGUUGUUGUGUUUACAUUUACUCCCCCCCACCGACCCCUUUUAUUUCUGUCAUAUGAAAACUUUUCAGCCUUGUACCACACACACCUAUUGCUGCACUACAUUUUUCCUGCUCAUUAAUGAUUUCUGGAGUUUUCAGCUU